AUGAAAGCGCAGGUGGAUGUGGUCUGCUGUAAAUCAGUAGGAACUGAUCUGUCCAUGCUGGAUAUUGAGGAUUUCAUCACAGAAAUCUGUCAGCUGAAGAAAGAGGUGGCUUCACUGGAGGCAAAGCUGAGAGAAAGAGGAGACAAACUGAACAGAGAGGAUGUGGAGCAGGUUUGGGUGCGUGAGACUGAUGGGACAGAAGCUCAGGAUUCAGUCUGGAGCGUCAGAGAUCAGAGAUCCAGAGACACACAGGACUCAGAGCUCAGCCUCACUUUACUCUGUUAUACUGACGCUCAGGAUCAUGAAUCCACUGAUCAAACCUCUGACUGUAACGCUGGAGAACAGCAGAUGCUGCAGACGCCGCUGAAGAUGUGCUCCGUCAAACUGGUGGACUGCAGGAACCUGAUCGAGAGCAGAGGAGAAGAAACCACCGUAAAGGAAGAACCAAACUCUGUAAAGGAAGAACAACACACUGAUGAGGAAGAACAACACACUGAUGAGGAAGAACAACACACUGAUGAGGAAGAACAAGACACUGAUGAGGAAGAACAACACUCUGUAAAGGAAGAACAACACACUGAUGAGGAAGAGGAGGUUUAUGAAGAUCAGAAUAAUGAUGAGGAUGAUGACUUUGUUCCUUCAGAUGACGAAGCUUGUUCAUCUUCUGAUGGAGAAACUGCCUCCACUUCCAAAGAGCAAUGGACAGUGACAGACUGUGGAGAAACAUUGAGCAAGCAUGGUCAUUUAGCAACACAGGAGAUAAAGUACACAAAGCAGAAAGACUUCAGCUGCAACAUAUGCAACAUCAGUUUUCCAACCUUCAAAGAGAAGAGACUUCAUUCAAAAGAGCACAGCGUGAAGAAGGAGUUUCGCUGUGAACAGUGCGGGAAGGAUUUUUUCACCACUCCUUAUAAUAUGAAAGCUCAUAUAAAGACACACGAAGAAAAGUCUCUUCAGUGCAACGAAUGCAACAAGUAUUUCCGCAAUAAACGAGAUCUUUCAAGUCAUAAGAGAAUUCACACGGGUGAGAAACCGUACAAGUGCCCUCAAUGUGAGAAGAGCUUCAGGCAGACAUAUCAUCUGAAGAGACAUCUACUCACGCACAGCAAUGAGAGACCGCAUCAGUGCAAUGAAUGUGGAAAAACUUUUAGAAGCUUAGCUUCAUUAAAUGUACACCAAAAAAUGCACUCUGAUGACAAACCGUAUCAGUGCCCUCACUGUGAGAAGAGCUUCAAAUAUGGAAUCAGUCUAAAGAACCAUGUGUUAAUGCACAAAAAUGAAAGACCGUUUCAUUGCAGUGAAUGUGGGAAAACUUUUACAAACGCAGCUUCUCUUAAGUUACACCGAAAAAUGCACUCUGAUGACAAACCGUUUCAGUGUUCACACUGUGAGAAACGUUUCUAUCAUACGACUCACAGAAAAUCGCAUGAGCGGACUCACACCGGAGAGAAACCAUACCUGUGCUCUGACUGCGGGAAGAGCUUCGCUAGUUCAUUUGCUUUCAAAAUUCAUCAGAGAAGUCACACGGGAGAAAGACCUUAUCCCUGUAGUGAUUGUGGGAAGAGUUUCUAUAAGCUAAAUGACGUAAAACUACACCAGAGGACUCAUACAGGAGAAAAACCUUUUAAAUGCUCACUUUGUGACAAGACUUUCGCCGUAUCAACUUCCCUGAAGACCCAUGAACGAAUACAUACAGGAGAGAAACCUUACUGCUGCUCCAUCUGCGGAGAGAGAUUCGCUUUUAAAUGGAGCUUUCAGAGCCACAAGAAGAAGCACGCUGCUCCAGAAUCAUCAUAGCUUCUUCAGGCAAACUGGCCACUUGGACGUUCUCGAGAAGUCCAGAACAGAUGUCAAUCCAUUUGAUGGCCGUCGGCUUAAGAAAAAGUGUCCGAUUAAGGAAUGUUGAUGGCCAACAAAAGGGGUUGCUAAUGCAAUCUAUAUUUGCUGAUAAAAAAAAUGAAACUUUUCCAAAGGAGAGUGCCUCAUGUUGGCAAGCAAAAGAUGUAAAGAUAAAGGCAGUUGGGGAGAAGCUUAAAGGAAAAAAAGUGAAAAGUUACAUCAUGUUACCUUUGUUCGCCUCUCUCACUAUACAUGGCAUGUAGCCUAUAGCACUGUGGUAAAAUCCCAGGACACCCCUAGCCUGAGCGUCCACUGCUAUUUAUCACUCUGCAUCGUCUGGCAUGAAUAUCCAUUCAUUCAUAAAGAGACCGCAGCGAUUCUACAACGGGUUAAUUUUAGUUCAUACAAUAGGCUAAUACAUUUAUCUCAGUCCUCGGUUGAAAAAAAAAAUAAUUGAAAGCUUUACGUAAUUUGUAAUGGUUUUACUGAUUGUAAUGAAAAUUGUAUUGGUUUUAAUGUAAACUGUAAUAGCGCCUGUUGGUCUCUACUGGUAAUUGGUCGCUUUCUAAUCAUGGCUUUUGUUAAAGCCACUAAAUUCUAAUGUAAUAUGUCCCAAAACACACUUGAGGAAACCAUUAUUUAAUGGUUAAAGGUCCCGUUCUCCGUGAUCCCAUGUUUUAAACUUUAGUUAGUGUGUAAUGUUGUUGUUAGAGUAUAAAUAAUAUCUGUAAAUUCUGAAGCUCAAAGUUCAAUGCCAAGUGAGAUAUUUUAUUUAACAGAAUUCGCCUACAAAAAUCGACCCGUUUGGACUACAUCCCUCUAGUUCCUGCAGUAAUGACGUCACUAAAACAGUUUUUUGACUAACCUCCGCCCAUGUGAAUUCACAAAAAGGGGGGCGUGGCCUUGUUGCGCUCCGACGGAGAAGAGGAAGAGCUGCGUUUGUGUUUGUCGCCAUGUCGUCGAAACGCUGUUAUUUUCAUCUCGGAGUCCAAUCACCUUUGUUUGGCCUUCCCAGGUAUGCUGUACUUAGAGAUCAAUGGUUACAAUUUAUGUUUAACUCGGUUCCCGAAAAUUAUAAUCCACAUGUAAAACUAUGUGCAGCACAUUUUG